CAGACCAACGCACUGUAAUAGGUUGAUUCCGAUGACUCCAACCUAUUAGAGUGCGUUGGUUUACUUGGUUUGCUCUGAGUAUACCCAGAACUGCCCAGAACUGACAAAACAAACAAGGCUAAUGACAAAAGAUUUCGAAAAGCCAUUUAAAAAACACGUGCAUUUGUGCGCUCGUGAAAAAACGACGGGUGUACGGACGGAUAAUGGAAAGCAAGUAUGACGAGGGGGAUCAUCCGGGAACUGAACCGGAAGCCAGGCCAGACGGCGCACGCAGAUGGAGGCCGUGAGAGGAGGUAUGACGCCAUGUUCGCCAUGUUUUGAUGUCGUCAUCCCUCCCUCCCCCCGCCGAGUGCUAUUUCACCGUGCAGCCAGGAUAGACUUCGUGUUUUCCGGCCCGUGUACCGUUCCGUGGGUUUGCAUCGCAUGUUCCCGACGGUUCCCGGUGGUAUCCGGUGAUACGACCUAUCGUCUAUCAACGUUGCAACUUCUCUGGUGGCCUGUCACUUUGUAUGCAUACCGCGCAGAGCUGGAUAACCCUCGUCCUCGCUCGCGUACAAAGUUCACCGUGGAAGAGCGUGGUCGAGAGGACGUUUUCAUGUCCGUUGCAGUAGUAGUCGCAGAAGUAGUCGCAGUGUGGGGGGGAUCCGUGAGCGUCGUCCACGCGGUGAUUGUGUCAUAGUGCAAAGAGAUAGAUAGAUAGAGAGAGAGAGAGAGAUAGAGAGAGAAAGAAAGAGAAGAAAAAAAGAGGAAAAGAAAGAAAGAGAGAGAUCGAUCGCCACCGCUGCCGCCACCGCCGCCGCUGCUAAGUACUCACAGCUAGCACUGCCUCAUUGUCGUUGCUCGUUCCCGUUUCCGAUUUUAUUGCGCGCUGACAGCGUUGCGCGUGAUCGUUACGUCACGUUACUUCAAGCAGACGGACCCAUCCGAGCGGAUUCCUCGAGUCCGUACGGGACGGCGAGAGCGUCCUACGUGCGUACGUGCGUGCGUGCGUGCGUACGUGCGUACGUGCGUGCGUGCGUGCGCGCGCUCGCCUGCUCACCCGCCCGUCGCCGCACAUUUCAUACGUUUCCUUCUCUCAGCUUCACAAAGUACGCUAAGAGAAGUACACGAGAAAAAGAAAAAAAAAAGCAUUCGUUGAAUAAUGGAAAAAAUGGAGUUAUGUUUGCACUCGCCAGCAGGAGCAGAACCUAUCGUGUAUCAGUGGCCUCUCACUUCUGGAUCAGGCUCAGAUCGUCAUGACGGAGCGCUGGAUGUUGUUGAGACUAUGAGAUGGGUUUGCGAAGAUUUGCCAGAUCUAAAAUUACCAUUAGAAAAUAAUAUCCUUUGUGACUACGACACAAGAGACUAUGAAAGUAUGAAAAACUUGUGCGAUAAAUUUAACAGAGCCAUUGAUAGUUUAGUACAAUUGGAAAAAGGCACCAGCCUGCCAUCUCAGAGGCUAAAUAAAAGACCUAGUAGAGGUUUACUUCGUCAUAUACUUCAACAGACUUACAAUCAAGCCGUGGUUGAGCCAGACAAAUUAAAUCAAUACGAACCCUUUUCACCUGAGGUGUAUGGCGAAACGAGUUACGAACUUGUAUGUCAGAUGAUCGAUCAAAUCGACGUGACGGAGGACGAUGUCUUUGUCGACCUAGGUUCUGGAGUUGGUCAAGUGGUUCUUCAAAUGGCAGCUUCGACUUUGUGUAAGAUUUGUAUUGGAGUAGAGAGAGCUGAUGUACCAUCGAAAUAUGCACAGAGCAUGGAAGUAAAUUUUCGAAAGUGGUUAAAUUGGUAUGGGAAGCGAUGCGGAGAAUAUCGUUUGGUAAAAGGAGACUUCUUAGCCGAUGAACAUCGCGAAAGUAUAACUGGAGCUACAAUAGUAUUUGUUAAUAAUUUUGCAUUUGGCCCGACGGUCGAUCAUCAGUUAAAAGAACGCUUCGCCGAUUUGCGGGACGGCGCGCGUAUAGUAUCCUCAAAAUCAUUUUGUCCGCUAAACUUUCGAAUAACAGACAGGAACUUGAGUGAUAUUGGUACAAUAAUGCAUGUCUCAGAAAUGUCUCCAUUAAAAGGUUCCGUUUCUUGGACCGGUAAGCCAGUGUCGUAUUAUUUGCACGUAAUUGAUCGAACGAAAUUAGAACGUUAUUUCCACCGUUUGAAAAACAAUAAACAAGGUGGCUUAGAUGAAAACUCUGAUUCUGUGAUAAGCAACACUGCCAGCAAUAGUAGUAAGAUUUCUAAUAGGAAUGAAAGAGGUGACAGAGCCAAGAGAGAUCUCUCGAGACAAUUAGACAGUCCGAAUCACUCGGAGCAGCAAGGAACAAAUAGUGACUCCGAUCUUGACGACUGCGCUAUUAAAAGUCGCCGACAGCCAAACAAGAUGCGGAGGAAAUUCAAUCGUAAAACUACAAAUGGCAUUACGAGAGCUCCAGCUAGAGGUAGACAGAGGGGAAGAGGCGUCAAGAGAGCCAAGCCUAAGAAGGCAAUUAAUAUAUCUGGUUUAGAUCUGUUACAUAGUCAGACUCUACUUAGUACAUCACCUCAAGCUCUUGGGAAGAAGCCUCCGCCUGCUCCUGGUUGUGUAGACCAACAAUUGUCUUCAUUGUCGCUUUCUUUGCAAUCGCAUUCCACUUCUGUGCACGAAGAACUCAGUAUACCACCCGCUCCGUCCGCGACUCCUUAUGCUCUACAAAUACUUCUCGACUUGUAUAGGGACCAAUUUAUGCUUAUGUUAGAAUCAAUGAGAACACCCACUUACAAAGCAUCUGUUAAUACAGAUAUUGUAAAGGAAAGAGAAAGAAACUCGAAGCUUCAGUCGAGAGCGGCGCAAUUGGAGAAACAAAUCAAAGUGUUGAUAGACGAUAGUGUAGCUCUCUUGAAAGCGAGAAUGACUGAAUUAGGUAUCAAUGCAACGUCACCCGGGGAUCUUUUGGCAAAAGCCAAAGAAAUAGUUCUAAGACAUAAACAGCUGCAGGCUAAAGCAAGCAAAUUGCAAGCACAAGUGGCCUCUAUGGAAACUGAACAAAACAGGCUAGUAGCGCUGAGACAUCAAGAACUACAGGAAAAAUAUAAUAGUCAUGCAAACGGCAUGACAAAUACACAUCAACCACUCACUGAGGAUUAUUUGUUGAAAGAAAUUUCUGCAACUCUUUCUCAGCGUAAACGAUUACAUUCUCAAGUUUCAAAAUUAGAACAUGAGUUAAACGUAUUGGAAAGAACAAGUAACGAGAAACAAGCCGCUGCCAUUGCUCAGCAACAGAAAGAUGUGAUUAGUAAUAAACACUCACAAAAUUUACAUCACAAUCAACAACAGAGUAGUAAAAAUGGAGCAACGCGUAAAAGUAGGGAAGGCCGUUCAAGAUCGCAGGAAUGGCCCGAUGUUCCGGAUAUAGGAAAGAUACAAGAGAAUAAUCCAGAAAUAUUGGCACAAAAGAUAUUGGAAACAGGAAGACAAAUAGAAGCAGGUCGUAUACCAAACAGACAGAGCAGUAAUAAUAAUACCAGAACUAGACUACCACAGGCGUCCCUUAGUUUUUCCAUAUCAUCCUCCAUUUCAUCCACACAAUCGCAGACGGCUAAUAAAGACGUGUCGAAUAGAACUCAAGAACCACCUAGAGUUACCAAUUUUGAGGAUAGACUAAAAAGUAUCAUCACGAGUGUAUUAAACGAGGAUCAACAAAAUAGAAAUAAGCAACAACAAAUGCAAUUGCAGAUGCAAUUGCAAAAUCAGUCCGAAUCUGAGAGGAAACGUGUUUCAUUACCACAGAAUGUUUCUACACCGGAUUAUACUCAAUUUCCGAGUUUGCGAGGUUCCCUUGUUUCGCCCGCAAAGUUAGCAUUGCGUCGUCAUCUCUCACAGGAGCGUCUCACGUCGUCCCACUUGACAUCUGAUAGAUCGACAAUUGAGUCUAGGCAAUUGUCGAAUUACGACAAUCGACUCAUGGCGAGUGGAAGUGGAUUACUUGGUACCAGGACGAUCGGUGAUCUCGUCAGUGGAGAGAUAGAAAGAACUCUAGAGAUAUCCAAUCAAUCUAUAAUAAAUGCUACUGUUGAUAUGAACAGCACAAUGAUGAGACCCGAAACCGUAUACUCUCCUAUUAGUAGGCCAGCGAGUGCCGAAGGGGACACCGGUUUGUCGACAUUGGCGCAUGUCGCCAGCUACGCGCCUACCUCCUCGGGAGCCUCUACCUCCACGACCAGUUCGCGAUCGUCUGUACUCUUUACUCCAGUAACACAACCACAAAGGUAUACGCCGGUUCAAUUGCCGCGAGCGGAUAUUAAGCCUUACCAUGAGUCUUAUUUCUCGGAUAAUCCCUCUCAGUCGCUCACGCAAGCCCAUUCGGCAGCGUCGCCCCUACAUUCGUCUCAAAACGCAUCAAACGGCGAAUUGUUACCUGUAGAAGGGCUCGCAGCAUCGUUGCACGCUCGAAUAUUGAAUAAUGGUAGUGGAAAAACAGAAUCUACUGUUUCCGGCAAUAGAAGAUAUCAUCCGUACCCGCGAUAUUCAACAAAUUGUAAUAAUAAUGGAAAUACAACAAGUGGAACGGUAACCGCUAUUUGCCAAUCGCAACCGCUAAUAUCGGUAAAAACGGAAGCGGCUGUGUCAUCCGUAAGCACAAGCGGAGCACCUCUAAGUCCUCUUGUAGAACCACAUUCUAAUACUUCGACGCCGCUAGUCGAUGAACCCCAGAUGACAACGCAAAGACAACGAAAUAUCGUUGGAGAUGACGAUGGAGAAGCUGACUGGCAAGAUCGUAUUAGUUCAGGAUUUGAUCGGUUGGUCGCGUUUGCUUCUACAGAAUUGGAUAAACGUAGACGAUCGACGGAAGGAGUGAAUACAAGUCCUGAUAGUGGAUUAGGCUCGGAUAGUGCUGUAACUGGACCACCGCCUGUAGUACCUUCUCCCGAUGAAGCAUUAGGACCGCCGAGAACACCUUCUCCGACUAGUCCUCGACCUGUAAAUUCAUCUAGUAAUAAUCUCCCGAGUGGCACAUCUUCCUCGGUACCUCUUAAAUAUCAACGACAACUAGAUCCCGAGCGACAUCAUUUUAAGAAGAAAUUUUUUCAUCGUGAUUGGAACAAUUCUGCAAGUACCAGCAAGUUUCGUCCUAAAGGCAAAGAUUGGGAUUGGAACCAUUCCGGACAGUGGCCCUCGAAUGACGAACAAUCCUAACUAUCUACAUUGUACGAAACAAUCUCUAUAUGAAUGAUGAUCAGAUUUUUGCUUUUUCUUCUAAAUGUGGGAAACAAAGAAAGUAUCGUUUUUAUUUUUGAAGUUAUAUUAAAUUAUUACAUUUGUUCUUGUUUUUUUUUUUGUUAUUAAUAACUCUUUUGUAAGAAUGACAUGUUUUAUCGUGAAUGAAGAUGAUAUACUCUUAUAAUACAUAAUAAAGAAACUUCAGGGUGUUUGCUAAAAAAACGCGGAAUUUUUAAGAAAUUAAUUUUUUAAUUUUUCAAAAUUAGUGGAUUUUUAUAGGGUUUUAUUACUUAGGAAAAAUUUUGAAAUCUUACUUUUAAAUUCUAUUUCUUUUUUUCUGACAAAAUUGUUUCUUUGAUCAUAUUUUGUUGAUAAGAAAAUGACAAUCAAUUAACAAUAUGGUAUACACAUCCACGUAUAUUUUAUCAUUAUACAUGUAUUUAUUCAUUAUAAGCUAAAUAUGUAUCGCAAACAGAUCAUUAUUAUAUACCAUAUUUGGUAAUUUUUUUAGUACUUAAAUUUAUUAUUUAAAUUUUAAAUAAUUUUUCUUUGAUUGAUUGUAUAAUUAAUAAGAGAAACACUAAAGUAUGUAAUAAAAUUAAUUUAUUUUAAAGCUACAUUAAAAAUUUUCUAAUUUUAUACCUGAAAUUUUGAACAUAAUUUUUCAAAAAUUCAAGAAUUCUUAAAUAGUUCUGUUGCAGAAUUUGAGUAAACACCCUGGAUAUCUUCUAUAAUUAAAGCAGUGAUAGAUUAAAACUUGUUUUUUUCUGUUCACUGCAACUUAUUGAAUUAUGAAGAGGGAAACAGAAAAUCAUGUGAAUAAAUCAUGUUUUGUCUAUCGGAAAAAAAAGUUUUAUUAAGGGGAUGUUGACAACAUUAGUUUUACUGACCGAAUUAACUUUUGUGUGCGUUAUUAAUAUCUUUGAAUUUAUAUUAAUAAACAUUAGCAUAUCUCUACAAAUGAUUAUACUGAUAACGUACGCAUAUAUAUGUAAAAAAUUUCAAAGUUUUUUUCUCAUAUUAAGAGAAUACUGGAAUACCCAUUAAACUUGAUUGGAAUCGAUAAUGUAGAGUUAUUUGUGCUUACCAUUAACAAGAUUUCAUGUUUUUAUUUUAUUAAUUUGGAAAUUCUUUUGGAAAUUUUUCCCAAAAUUAAAGUACACAUAUAUGUUAAUAUCAAUCUGUGAAUCGGACUUUAUACUGAAAGAAACUUUUAUAUUGUACUACUUAUCGACUUCUUGUAAUCUAAAUUUUUGUAGAGCAAUUUUGUCUCAAUUAAGUGUCAAUCAUAGUCUAACUUAAGAACUCCACAUGGUUUGUUUUUAUCUACUAGUAUAGAAAUUCGAAUUUUGUGAACACAUUGCACAUUUUUUAUAUUAAGCAAGUAUUGUAAUGACUAAAAAUAUUGCUAAUUAACUAUAUUUUUCGUUUUUGAUAUAAAUUUUAUAAUCUAGGCUGAUAAUAAUGCUUAUGUUUUAAUUUUAGAAAAAGAUUUUUAAAUCUAUAAAAGAAAUUAAAAAAUUUUGCGUUAUAAAAUUAUUAUCUUUUUGUCGAUAAAAAGACAUCUCCAGCAUCUUCUUAAACGUUUUAGGAUUAUUUUUAAAAGCACAAUAUUGUUCUCUUGUGCAAUUCUAACAGAGCCAUAUAUUUUAUUUACACAAUGCAAAGUUUCAAAUUUUUAUGUGUAACAAAUAUCAUGAGUCAUCACCAGAAGUCAAUAAAACGUAAUAAAACAUUUUGUAUGUUGACUUUACACUGCGUUAUUGUUUAUACUUUAAUUGUGGAAGGACUUAUAAUUCUGUGUAAUUAACUAAAAGAUUACUAUGUGUAAAAAAUGUCACGUUUAAUUAAAACAGAUAUAUGCAGCAUCCUCUUAAUAAGUAACCAUAAAUUUCAACUGUCUCAUUUUAACACUAUUUUUUGUUGAAAAUGUAAGUGCAUGAGUAUAUACGUACAAAAUACCAAUUUAUUCUGAAAUAAAGUAUAGAUAGACAGCAAAGAAACGGGACAUUUUUUAAAUGAAAAGAACAAAUAUGUCUAUACUUAAUAUUUAAAUGCGAAUAUUGAAAUGAGAAGGAAACUGAUGAACGGAUAAUUAAGUUUAUUUAACUUAAAAUACAUUUGUAUUAUAUAAUAUAAUCGUAGAAUUAAUAAUGCAACCAACGGAUUCAUGGAUUUCAAGUUUAUUAAGGUUGUAAAACUAUUAACAACACUAUUAAUUACACAUGUUAUAUUGAAAGAAAUUUAUAGAUUUUGAAAGAGAGUUAUCAGACAUUAUUCACUGACGUAGCAUUUUCACGUAUUAUUACUAUUAUUACUAUUAUUAUUAUUAUUAUUAUUAUUAUUAUUAUUAUUAUUAUUAUUAUUAUUAUUAUUAUUACGAUCAGUAAUCAAAUUUUUAUUAUAAGACUUUGUGAAUAAAUAUCAAUUAUUCAUUAGGUUUCUUCUAACAAUAAUAUUACUGAUAUUGUUGAGAUUGUAUGCCAUGUCUAUGUAGAUUAUAAGGAUCUCGUAAUCUACGCCUGUAUACACAUGCACACAAGAAAAAAUAAUAUGUAACACAAACAUAGAUGCAUACACGUGGCUUGGUUGGUGCACAUUAGAAAUACAUUAAAGAAAUAUUAUAAUAUUGUAGAGAUAAUGUAGGUAUGUAUCAUAAUGUAUGUAUGAUGUGCGUAUAUAGUGUGUUCGAUAUGUAUAUAUGUUUGUAUGUAUGACAAUAUGUAUUACAGGCGUAUUAUACGAUUGACCGAACAAUUGGCAUUGGAAAAAAGAGGAAUAGAAUAUAGAAAGAAGCCAGCAAAAAACCUUUGUGUGUUCGUAGCAAGUAUUGGCUACAAAUUUUAUAUAUGGCUAUAUCCUCUCAUUUGGAGGAUAUAUACCUAAGUGUUCACUGUGGUUCAUAGAAUUAUGGCAACGGUCGUAAAAAAAUAGUCACUUGCAAUGCAUUCGUAUUUUAAGACGAAAGUUACAGGAAAAAAAAUUUUUUUUUGGUACGCAUCUACAUAUAUUGUUGUGUGACUGUAAAAUAUCUAAAGAGUUGGCAGUUGCAAAUCAGUUUACAAAAUUUUAUAUGAUGUAUCAUAUAAUUGGACGUCAUGCAUCAUUUAUUGUGAAAUAAAUCGAGUAAACAUGGAAUAAAUAAUUACUAUACGAAUUGAUGCUUUAAAAAAGCGAUGCGAUGUUACAUGUAUAAAGGUAAUUUUUUUUUACAUUGACAAGUUAUUCCUAUAUGCAAGAUGAUGUUUAAUUGCAUGUCAAUUCAGCAGGCACAUUCUGAUGUAAGUGUAUUAUUUAUACAUACAAAACUAAUUGUCCAGUCACAAAAGAUUGCGAAUUUGUUUGAUGCUACCAAUUUAUUAAAUAUUUCCAAUUUUUUGUUCAGACUGAAAAAAUUCGCUGAGCUGUUAUUAAGAAAAUCGGAUUGAAAUUGCCCGAACACAUAUUGAGAAUUUCAUGUUACAAAUAAAAAAAAUUCUUUUGGAAAUGUGCCACUGAUAAAUCUUUUACUAAAAAAAUUUGUUUUCAAUCAAGUUUCAUUAAAAAAAAAAAGUAAUAUUUGUGUGUGAGAAAUUUAUAGUGAAAUAAACUUCUAUAACCUGUGCCUGUAUAAUUACUAUAAUUAGUUUUGUAACUGUAUUAUAAUUUUAGAAUGUGAUACAUUGCACAUGUGUUAGAAAGGCUUCUUCAAUUAUUUUGAGUCUAUUACAAUUUGGAAAUUUAUUAAACACAAUGUUUAUUUUGAUUUAUUGUCUGAAUUGACAUAUAAUUCAGCUUUAUCUUGUAUACACAUGUGUAUUACGUUCUAUUAUUUUAUUGCACUUAAAAAUAUCUAUUUGAGAUGCUUAUUCUAAUUCUCUCGCUUGAUUGUCUUUUAUUUAAUUAUUUUAAAGAUGAAAGAAAUUAAAGAAUAAAAAGGUAAAUUUACAAUCUGUCUGCAAUAUAUGCAUUCAUACAGAUAUUUUUAAGUGUUAUUUGAAAUGAAAUAAUAUAACUGUAAUACGAAAAUAUACUUAUACAUAUACAUAUACAUGUGGAAGGAUCAUCAUGUUAGACUGUGAGAAAUUGAUUAUUGUAUUAUUUAUUAAUAUAAACGUCAUAUAUUUAUAAUUAUAACAAGCAUUGCCAAGCAUGCUAGAUACACUGCCGAAACUUCUAUAAAUUAAUUUUAUUAUUGAUCGCAAUUAUUAUUUAUUGUUUUUAUUGAGAUAUUUUAAUACUAUUACUAUUUGUAACAAGUAAA